UUGGCAUGACACCAUUGUUGUCGUAAAUGCUUUUAUUUGUUUCUUUUAUUUUCUUUCAUAUUUCGUUCAACGACCAGACAAUUUACAUCUUAAUUAAGUAGAAAAAAAAAAUUGAUGGACUAUUUAAAUCGCGGAAAAUCCUAUGAACACAAUGGAAUAUGUCAUAUAGAAUUUUGUGAUGACUACGAACACAUUGACGAUACCAUAGAGUACAGCGUUGAAAAUAUUUUGCAAUCAACAAAUACGAACAGCGUUUCAUUUCGGACAUUAUACGAGCAAUUUAACGCAUUUAUUGCGAUAAAAUGCGAUUGUGAUGGCCAAAAUCGGUGCGCUCAUUCAGAUUGUAUGCAUGGUGAUAAUUAUAUAGUAUUUGAGAAUCAACAAAACCAAAGGGAAUUGAUAUUAAAUAAACAUCGAAGAUCUCAUGAUGUUAUUUAUGAGUGCUCGAAAUUCUGUUUGUGUAAUCCAAAUUGCCAUAAUCGUUUGGUUCAAUUUGGACCGCGACAAAAUUUACAAAUCAAAGACUAUUCACAAUUUGGAAAACAAUAUGGAUUAACUACACUGCAGACAAUUCCACAAGGUGCAUUUAUUUGUGAAUAUGCUGGCGAAAUUUUAACCAAAGAAGAGGCUACAAUGCGAACUCUGUUAAAUGAUAAAAAUCAAAAAAUGAACUAUAUUAUUUGUCUUAAUGAAAAACCGAUUGGAUGUCAAGCAAAUGGCAUUCAUGAAACAAUUCAAACGUUCAUCGAUCCAAGUCGAUUCGGUAACAUUGGUCGGUACUUGAACCAUAGCUGCGAUCCAAAUUGUGAAAUUAUUAGCGUUCGUAUUGAUGGAUUGAUACCGAAAUUAGCGAUAUUUGCCAAAAAAUCAAUUGCAACGAACGAGGAACUUUGUUUUGACUAUGGCGAAGAUGAAAAUAAAUUAACGGCAUCACCAGAUUCAAUAAAUCGAAAACCAUGCUAUUGUGGUUCAGAGAGAUGCAGAAAAUUUCUACCAAAUUUAUAAACUGAAAAAAAAAUUUGUACCUAGGUCUCGUUGCUGGCAAACGAUUACUUCCUAAUCGUUCUCUAAAUGGCGAAUUCGCCAACACCUAAACAAAAACGAAAAUAAAAUAAAAUUAAUUAAACGAUUCAA